UGUUGUGCAGACACAGUUCUGUCAGCUGAAGUUACAUUUAAAUAUGGAAAAACAUUGAUGGUCAUUAAAAACCUAUGCAGGACAGAAAAUAGAAAGGGUAUUAACUGAGAAUAUGUGUGUUUCUUCCUAAGGUGGUCGUCAACCCAUUUUGAGGGUAAUUUGGUGGACCCCGGAAUGGAAAAGGUUGGGAACCGCAGAAGUCAGUCCAGAACUUGAACGCCCACCAUCACACUAAAAGUUAAGGUCGCUCCUCCGAAGUUGGCUACACGUUCUGAUGCGUGACGGUUCUUCAAUAGAUGUAUGCUUGGCCCAUGGCAAACGUAUUAAAUAAGCCUUAACAUAGCAUGAAAAGGCUGUAAGUGUAGGAAAAUACAGAUGCGCCACAUGCCGUGUUACCAAGUUUAAGAUAGGCUAGUAUACUUUGAAAGCAGUAAACUAUGGACGAGAAGGACGACGAACAACUCUGGGAAUUUGAUCCCAACAUUCCAGAGGAGGGCCCCUCUGCCCCUCCUCCUGGUUGGCUGGACUGUGUUUCAGGGUACGACGAGCCAAAAGCAGGAGAUUCUGGAGAUCAGCUGUACCCUCCUCCUCCUGCUUACAACCCUCAACCUGAGAAUGAUAGGAACGCAUCCGUUCCUCAUGUCAGGGUACCUCAGGUGUCGGAGGAUGUGGCCAGGGAAGCUCUGCUGAAAUUUGUGGGCUCAAAGUGGUCCAAAAGUACCAAGCCUGCCAGAAAUCUGACCUUCAAGGAAUUAAAACCCGUCACAGUAUAUCGGUAUCGUUUGGAGACAUACACUGAGUCCAGAUCCAGUGCCUGGGAGAUGGAGCCUUAUACUGGCCAGGUGGUAGAUGGACCUCAGUGUGGGAGGAGCCCCCCCCCCUGGGAUGUUCCAGUACAACAGCCUCAGAGGUACACUGAUGUUACUCUGAAGGUGCGCGUCCCUCACUCCUCCUUUGUGAAGACCUGUCACCGUUGCCAUGGCUGCGGAAGGACACGCUGCACACACUGUGCUGGGAGGGGAAAUGUGCAUGAAUGGACUUUCUUCUGUAUAUUCUUCAGAAGCGAUGUCCAUUCUGCCAAGGACACGGGCGGAGGAUCACUGGCCGUGGCCGCAACAACAGGAACGCCAACAACAGAUGUUCCAGCUGUCAGGGGAGAGGAAGAAAAAAAUGUACGUUCUGUCAUGGACAUGGCCACAAUACCUGCCCCACCUGCCAGGGAAACCGAAACCUUCUGCACUUCAUUCAGCUCACCAUCACAUGGAGGAACCACGUGGUCGAGUUUGUACCAGACCGGCUGCCCGAAUUCCCUCUCAAGAAGUUUGAGAAGGUGUCAGGGGAUCCAUUCUUUGUGGAUGAAAAUGUUCUGGUGUAUCCCAUCAUGGGCUUUCCUGACCAGGAGAUCUGUGAGGCUUCCAGGAAAGUGUCACAGGAGCAUCACAGUCAGUUCUCUGCUGUCAGUCGUAUCCUGCAACAGCGUCAAACCAUCGAACUGGUUCCUAUCACACACGCCUUCUAUUCCUACGCUGGAAAAGACUACGACUUCUUUGUUUAUGGUCUUGAAAAUAAGGUUUUCACUCCAAAAUAUCCCUCUGCUUGUGUUCUUUUGUAAAUGCAAACAUCUCACACUGAAUGCGUAGCAACAGAUGUAUUGUCCAUCAAAUUAUUAUUGCAUUGUAAGUGUAUUGUUGUAUAGGCAUUGUAAUAAGGAACUUGUAAUGUAUUCUAUGAAUGUGUAACCACUAUGUUGUGCUAUUGAGUGUAGAGAAAUUGAAGUUGAUUCAAUCAAAGUCUAAACUGACAUUUUUACCUUUGUAAUAUUGCAUUUAGGUGAUAGCCAUUGUAACAGUGCCUCAUUUAAAUUUUAUAAUAUGCCCAAGUCUAUGAAAUCGUUGAUGGAAUAUUUUAUUUGUACAUUUCUUGUGCGUCUGUGUAACUCUGUAGCAUAUCCAAUUUGGAAUACAUCUAAAAUGUUAGUCAGUUGUUGCUGACAUCCACAGUGAGUUGGCUACAAUAUACAUUUCAGACAUUUAGUGCCUACACACUUUAAUACAUUACCCUUUUUACUGGUUCGAAGAAGAUGAUUUGGUGGUGAUGAUGAUGUGAGAGAUCGUAGAUGUAUAGACUAUACCUCCAUAGUUAUUUAAAUAGAAUGAUAAGAAUCAUUCCAUUUCCGUGGUCAUGUCUUGGGUCCUCCACCAAGCUCUUCCGACAUCAGAGGAGAAGCCAUUGUGAAGUUUUAUAUGAAUCUAUAACAUAUUGCAUGAAAAGAAGUCACAACUAACAAUACCUUUUUUUUAUACAACCUACAUUUCAGUAUUCUAUUUUUUAUUUUGAAUUGUUGUAUUGUUAAUUGUUUGAAACUGGAACGGUGGGAUAACUUGUUAAAUAAAGUUUCCGGUUUAUUCAUGUUGAGGAAAUGUGGAGAAUUCAUUAUUUGUCCAGGCAAGUU